GCUUCUUCAACAUGCGUUUCACUACCGAGCUGCUGGCCGUUGCGCUGGCCCUCGCAGACAUUACCUCCGCUCAAAACUCGACAUACAAUGCUACUGCUGUUGCUCAAGCUCAAUUGAAGGCUGAGCUGGCAAAUCUUGAGAAGUUCUGGUCAUAUGGAAGAUCUCCUCCUGUGUACCCUAGUCCUCAAGGAGCAGGCACAGGUGAGUGGGCCGCUGCCUACGAAAAAGCCAGAGCUCUUGUAGCUUCCAUGACCGAUUUCGAGAAGAACAACAUCACAUAUGGAUACACCUCCAAGACAAAUGGAUGUGGUGGUAACAGUGGAUCAGCACCUAGAGUUGGCUUCCCUGGUCUUUGUCUGAGCGAUGCUGGAAACGGUCUUCGUGCUACUGAUGGUGUUACUGGCUUCGCUUCUGGUAUUCACGUUGGCGCCACAUGGAACCGCAACCUUGCUUACGAGAGAGCUCACUACAUGGGUGCUGAAUUCAAGGCCAAGGGUGUAAACGUUCUCCUUGGACCUGUUGCUGGACCCCUUGGAAGAGUGGCCGAGGGUGGUCGCAACUGGGAAGGCUUCAGCAAUGACCCCUACCUCGCUGGUAGUCUGACUUUCGAGACUGUGAAGGGCAUGCAAAACAGCGUCGUCGCCUGCAUCAAACACCUUAUCGGCAACGAACAGGAGCUUGACCGCAACCCAGCUGGUAACAACGCUUCGAUGUCUGCCAACAUUGACGACAAGACUAUGCAUGAGAUGUACAUGUGGCCUUUCCAAGACGCUGUACAUGCAGGUGUCGGAGCCGCCAUGUGCUCUUACCAAAGGGUCAACAAUUCUUACGGCUGCCAGAACUCCAAGGUCAUGAACGGUCUCUUCAAGGGCGAACUCUCGUUUUCUGGUUUUAUCGUCAGUGAUUGGGGAGCCCAGCAUUCUGGAGUGGCUAGUGCUGACGCAGGUCUUGAUAUGGCUAUGCCCAGCUCGACCUACUGGCAAAAGGCAACCUCAGUCAAGCUGUUAACAACGGCUCGCUCUCCUCCACUAGACUCGAUGACAUGGCAACUCGCAUUGUCGCAUCUUGGUACCAUCUCGCCGAGUGGCAGAAUCCCGGACAUGUAUGUCAACGCUCGCGACCCUGCUUCGAAGGUGAGCACAUUCCAGACGGCCGUUGAAGGACAUGUCCUUGUCAAGAACGUCAACAACGCUCUGCCCUUGAAGAAGCCAGGCUUCCUUUCCCUCUUUGGCUACGAUGGCAUCGCUCCCUCGAGCUACACACCUGACAAUGCGCCAUCGUUCACUCUAUCCAACUUCGGCUUCUCCCCUGUCAAUGGCAUCAAUGCCACCGAGCUCUUCAUGCUGUUCGUCAACCCUUCUUCCGUUCCUUCAAACGACCUGCCUGGUAUUGCGAUCAAUGGAACUAUGGUCACAGGAGGUGGCUCUGGUGCCGCUCAGCCUGCAUACGUUAGCGACCCCUUCAGCGCUAUCACCGAGCAAGCAAUGCAGGAUGACACCUGGCUCCAGUGGGACUUCCACAGCCAAAACCCUGUUGUUCAGAGAGGAUCAGAAGCAUGCCUUGUUUUCAUCAACGCCUUUGCUUCCGAGUCAUACGAUCGUCCUUACUUGCAAGACGAGUACUCUGAUGACCUUGUCAUGAACGUUGCAGCUCAAUGCAACAACACCAUGGUCGUUCUCCACAAUGCUGGCAUUCGUACCAUUGACGCGUGGUACUCCAACCCCAACAUCACUGCCAUUGUUUACGCCCAUCUUCCCGGCCAGGACUCAGGCAAGGCACUGGUUGAGGUUUUGUACGGAAAGCAAUCGCCCAGUGGCCGUAUGCCAUACACUGUAGCUAAAAAGCCAGCUGAUUACGGCAACCUUCUCUCGCACCUCACUCCUGACAACACCAGCAACUACUACACCCAGGACAACUUCACCGAGGGCGUUUACAUCGAUUACAAGGCCUUCAUCGCUCAGAACAUUACCCCUCGCUUCGAGUUCGGUUACGGUCUGACCUACACAACCUUCAACUACUCGUCGCUGCAAACCAAGGUGCUUAGCAACGUUAGCACCUCCGAAUAUCCUCCCAGCAACACCAUUGCUCAGGGCGGUGUCACCUCUCUCUGGGAUAUCAUUGCCACCGUCGACUGCACCAUCACCAACACUGGCUCAGUCACUGCCUCUGAAGUUGCACAACUGUACGUCAACAUCCCCGGCGGCCCAGCCAAGGUGCUUCGUGGCUUCAACAAGCAAGGCAUCCAACCAGGCAAGAGCGCCAACUUCCAUUUCGACAUCACCAGACGCGAUCUAAGUGAGUGGGAUGUCGUCAGCCAGAAAUGGCGUCUGCAACAAGGCGACUAUGCUGUUUAUGUGGGCAAGAGUGUUUUGGACAUUCAGCUCACCGGUAGCUUGAGCAUC